GUAACAGUCCAUGUCAAGCGGCUGAACCGUCUGUCGAGCCACAUACCGCCGGUCUGUCAGUCAGCCUGAUGAAAAACACAGGGAAGACAUCUGAGGACUGAAAACCUUCUUCACAGUGGAUGAAUUGUUUCCUUGAGCAGGGAUACAAACUCAGAGAGGCAGGAUGGGCUGCAUGAAGUCCACGCUGAGCGAAGGUCUGAGCGGAGUGGUGGAGGGGAAGAUCAGCCAGCAGACUGUACGUACCGAGCAAACGCACUAUGUCAGAGACCCCACCUCCAAUACAAAAAACCACAUAAAUAACGCCCUGUUACCUGGUCAGGUGUUCCAAAAGCUGGAAGAGCAAAAGUCGGUCGGUAAAAUAAUGGUCGGCCUUUACCCGUAUGAAGCUGUGCAUCCCGACGACUUAGGAUUCAAGAAGGGGGAGAAGAUGAAAAUCUUAGAAGAACAUGGGGAGUGGUGGAAAGCAAAGUCGUUGGCAACCAACAAAGAAGGAUUCAUCCCGUCCAAUUAUGUCGGCCAAGCUGACACCAUGGAAACAGAAGAGUGGUUUUUCAAGGACAUCACGAGAAAGGAUGCAGAGAGGCAGCUGCUGGCGCCAGCGAACAAACCAGGCUCUUAUCUUAUCAGAGAAAGUGAAACUUCGAAAGGAAGCUACUCGCUGUCCAUCAGAGACGUGGACGCCCAGGGGGCAGAUUCAGUCAAGCACUAUAAGAUCAGGACGAUGGAUAACGGCGGCUACUACAUCUCUCCUAAAAUCUCCUUCCCUAACAUCGGCAGCAUGAUCAAACACUACCACAACAAAGCGGAUGGCCUGUGCCGUAAACUGGACCGUCCAUGUGUGAAACCCAAAGCCCAGAAGCCGUGGGACAAAGAUGCCUGGGAGAUUUCCAAAGACUCUAUUAAGAUGGUGAAGAAACUUGGAGCCGGGCAGUUUGGGGAAGUCUGGAUGGCAUACUACAACAACACCACCAAAGUAGCAGUGAAGACGCUGAAGCCAGGCACCAUGACGGUUGAAGCCUUCAUGGAUGAAGCCAACGUCAUGAAGACGCUGCAGCACGACCGGCUGGUGCGCCUCUACGCUGUCGUCACCAAGACAGAGCCCAUCUAUAUCAUCACUGAAUUUAUGGCCAAUGGGAGCCUGCUAGACUUCUUAAAGAGCGACGCCGGGUGCAGACUGCAGUUACCCAAGCUCAUCGAUUUCACAGCGCAGAUAGCAGAGGGCAUGGCCUACAUAGAGAAGAAGAACUACAUUCACAGAGACCUGAGAGCAGCUAAUGUCCUGGUGUCAGAGAGCCUGCUCUGCAAAAUAGCUGAUUUUGGACUGGCGAGAGUCAUAGAGGAUGAUGAAUACUCUGCCAGAGAGGGAGCCAAAUUCCCCAUAAAGUGGACCGCUCCGGAGGCCAUUAACUACGGCUCUUUCACCAUCAAGUCAGACAUGUGGUCCUUCGGGGUUCUGCUCUACGAGAUUAUAACCUACGGGAAGAUCCCUUACCCAGGUAUGACAAAGGGAGAGGUGAUGUCCUCAGUGCAGCGUGGCUACCGGAUGCCUCAGCCCGACAACUGUCCUGCUGAGCUCUACGAGAUCAUGACGUCCUGCUGGAAGAACAAGCCUGAAGACAGGCCCACCUUUGAUUACAUGCAGAGUGUCCUGGAUGACUUCUACACCGCCACAGAGGCACAAUACCAGCAGCAACCAUAGAGACGGACACGUCCAAUCAAUACAGACACCUCAUAUUCACUCCAGAUUAUAUUUGGGGCCACUUUAGCUAUGUGUUUUAUUUUUUGUAAUUUUUGUAUGUAUGACACAUUCUAUACACGGUUAUAUACUGUACUUUUUUAAUAUUUGCCUUUAAGAACUUACAGUAUGCAGGUUCCAAAACGCAUUAUAUUGUGGCAACUCACAGUGUCAUCUGUGUGUACAAAUAAUAUAUUUAGUACAGUUUAAACUCACCUAUAAGCAUAUUCUAGGGUAGCGAGGUGAUGGAUUUUUGCACAAAAUUGAUAGAAACAGAUGAGCUCUUAUUUUAUUCUACUUUUACCUUUUGACACUAGAGUCUUGUGCCUAGGCAUUUAAUUAUUUGGUCUUAACAGACUGUUCCCUAGAUUCCAAUUAUGCUUCCAUACAGAGGGACAAACAAGCAGCAGACGUUGUAUAGAGAGUUUGAAAGGGAGAAAAGAAAAUAGGAAGGUAAGUGUAUUGAUUUCUGUACAAAUAACUGCCUCAGAGAGACUGGGUCUAUGUAAAUAAGGUAAAUAAGAAAAAAAUUAGGCAAAUUAGAAAAGUGGACAUGCUGCAUUUUGGAAAAUCUGUUAAAUGACAUACAGGUGAAGCACACUGGUCAUUGUGCUCAGAUUCACUUUAAACUGUCAAAAGUGCAUGUUUUAAACUGUCUGCAGACUUGGUGCCCUUCUGCCCACCUUUUCAACUGAGCAAACGUUUAGUGAUCACACUGUACCUUUGUCCUCAAAAUGAUACAGCAUCUUUUCAUCAUCAGUAACUAUUCACAAAACUUAAGGUCCAUCUCCCAGGCUGCAAUUAGUGGCGGUCUUUUUCAAGUAGAAAACCUUCUGCCACGUGUGUCAAAGCAACAUUUAAUAUUGUGAUGAUGCAUGAUAACAUUUCCAUUUGGGUUAAAAGUCAAGUAAUUAUAUAUACACCUAUGUUGAUGUCUAUUCAUUUUGCAUUUCAUGACUACUUAUAAGAUGUUCUGUUCGCUUGCUGUUUUAUUGACCAGUAAAAGGUUGAUCAGCUUUAAGUCCACUUCAUAUUGAAGUGUGGUAGCUCUUGCUUGUUUUGUUUGUUUGUUUGUUUGUGAAGCUCUUGCUUGUUUUGUUUGUUUGUUUGUGAAACCUACUCUAAGAAUUUCUAAUAUGGUAUUGUAAAAUCACUGUGUAAUCUGGAAUUUUAACCUGGAAAGUUGCACUGGGCUCGACACUGGAUGGGCUCAUGUUAUACUUGAGUAAAAAUAACUUCAAUUUAAACUUCAGCUGUUUGUUUGUUUGUCACUUAAUGAUCAUUUGAGUUGUAUACUUGUUCCUAUUUGAGAUGAGAAUGUGUAACUUUUUGUAUUGACUAAAGGUGUAUGCAUUAAAUGUAACUCUGUGUUGGAAGUCA